GUGGGAGCAAGCGCUGUCGUUGCCAGGCAGAUUGAUUAAUUAUUUUUUUUAAGCUGAGGAAGGGAAAAGAUUUCACGCGUUAUAUCUUAAAUAAAAUAUAAAUACGUUUGUUUUGUUUUUUUUUUAAAAAAGACACCAAAGCUAAAUCGCAUUCGGGAGUUUAACAGCGAACUCCGCAAUAAAUACAUCUUAAAAGCUCCGUUUGUUUGUUUGUUUGUUUGUUUGUUUGUUUGUUUUUAAAUAGCCAGCAGAAAUAAAGAAUACCGGGAGCGACUGGUUAAUAAAGCCGGACCGGCUGCUUUAUUGCGCGGUGUGGUUUCAGACACGGCCGUGCUUGCUGGGUAGGAAAGGCGGACUCUGCGCCGGGGUCGGCGGUGCUGAAUUUGAGGAGAGAAGGAGGUGGAGAAAGCCAGCGAAGCAAGUGGCGAUGUCGUGCGAGGUGGAGUUCUCUGCCCUGGCCUUCGUGAAGCUGCUUCUCCACGCCUCUCGGUUCCCGCACUGCGCUGUGAAUGGGGUGCUGCUCUCGGAGUGCUCUGAAGGGGACGCCGCUGCACCGGGGGGGGGCUGUGUGUGCGUCAGCGACUGCGUGCCUCUCUUCCACUCCCGUCUCUCCCUGUCUGCCAUGACCGAAGUGGCUCUGCAGCAGAUUGACAUUUGGUGUUCCCGGAAACAGCAGAGGAUUGUGGGAUACUAUCAUGCAAACGCCAGUUUGACAGAUAACAGUCCAAGUACAGUGGCUUUGAAGAUCGGGGAUAAGAUCGCAGAACAAUUUAGCAAUGCAGUUCUAGUAAUGGUGGAGAAUUCCAAAGUGUCUCUUCAUUAUGGGACUCCCCCAGUCAUCCUGUACGAGAAAAAGGAUUCAAAAUGGAUCUUAAAAGACAAAAACCUGGUCAUGUGGAGGAGGUGGGAGGAGACGAAGCGCGUAGCCGACGCCCUCUCCAGCGCCAAAGCCUACGACCAAUUGGUCGAUUUCGACUGCCACCUUGAUGACAUCAGGCAGGACUGGACCAAUCGCGACAUCAACGCAAAGAUCGUGGAACUCUGCUCCGCAGCCAAUGGGAACCUUUGAAUCCUGAAUAAGACCUGGCCCAGAAAUAAGAGCCUGUUAUUGCCAUCGCUCUAAUAAAAGUUCACCAUGUA